ACUCAUCCGGACCUUAAUGCAACCUUGGCAGUGAAUCAAACGGCUCAUCUUUCAAGAAAACAAGGUAGAUUCUCAAGCCAUCCGACACCCGAGGUCGUUUAGUGACUUCACCUGAAUAGUAAAGAGCACAGCGACUCACAACCAAACACUAUAUUAAUCCUGGCCGGUCUGUGGCAAGUACUAGAGUUGACUUACUCAGCGUCUUAUAAGACAUUUUUGUGGGAUUUGGUACCUAUAUAAAAUCGUCCAGCGUUUCAUGCGCGGAAUUACAAUCUAUUACGUCUACAAAGCACAGAGGUUAACUCAUACAUCAUAUACACUAGGGCUGUAAAACACAUGGGACAAGAAAUAACUUGAAAGGCGAGGCGAGUAGCUUUUGCGGUAUACUCCCGACCCAGAAGUAAUAAACAUCGCAGCAGACCCAGUGAACUACUCGGGAACACGUGUUUCACAACUUCGGGAUUUGCAUGCACUCAAAAAACCAAGUUUGCAGGGAAAGUUGUAAAUUCGUAUCAUUCUUUGUAAAUUUGAGUAUCAUGAACGGCUCAGACCAUGACGAUGAUGAAAGUUAUUUUGAUAUGAAGAAUGAUGGGCUUAUACCAGAUAUUCCGUGGGAAGAGGUUAAAGAUUUGGGGAUUAUGAAGGAGUCAUCUUGUGCACCUCCGCAGAUUCUGGAAGAGUUAGAGGACCCGAAGAUGAGGAUAGAUUUUAAAUUAGCCUGGAUUAGAAGUGAACUGAUAAAAAUGCGACAGCAGGACGAAGACAUUCUUGGUCAACUUCUUCAGAUCCACGAUUCUAUCAUGCAAAUCGCACACUACCGCUCUCUUCCCAGGAGGCGCAUAAGUCGUGGUGGGUCGCCUAUUAUCAAAAGUGAAAGCAUGCGAGUGCCCCCAAACUACAGCCGCCUUGGUGUGCCAAUUUUCCCCACCAAAAAAUACAGUGAACCAGAGAAGAUACAUAGGAGCUUUUCGGAAUACGAAGAAAACGAUGAAGAGGACGAUGCGUAUUAUAUUUAUGACGAUUCCAUGACUUCUCUUGACUCCUUAGAUUCCGUGGGCACGGAAAACGUGGACCGUGAAUUCUAUGAUUCCGUGACACCUUUACCACGUUACAGCACAGUAACGAGAUCUGUGUCCUUCAAUGACAAGGACUGCAAGAUAAAGCAUACGAAUUCUUUAACAAGAUAUGACGUUUCAUACGAAGAAUUAAUGAGGAGGAGCAAAAUCUGGAGAGAAGUUGAAAGAGAACGAGCAACAAAAGGAAGAGUUGAUGAAAGAAAACUCGCAGCGUUAAAACUCAUUAUGUGAUACGAGUAUUUAUAGUUACUACUAGUAUGUAUUAAAGUGAGGGAACAUUACUGUAAACAGUUUAAGACAGGUGCCUGAAAACAGGGGAUUCUUGUCACGAUCUUGUGAUUGGACGUAAUAAGCAACUACUGUGCAUGCGUAUGUAUGACUGAAUCGAUGAACGAUGCAAGAAAUGUCUAUAACUUUUAAUCAUCCCAACAUCGUCUGCCAUGCACAGUGAAUCUGUUAUCACUUGUUAUAGGGCGUUUAUCUCCUGUCUCUUUCUAUGGUUUCUUUAUCCGCCAGUUUGUUCUAAGCCCAGAAGAAUAAAUGGCAUAACUUUUAAAAGCAGGUUAUCCCAAGAUCAUAAAAACCAUUCUAGAGUGAAAAAAAUUAAAAAGACAAAAAGACGCUGUUAAUGGACACAAUUAUACAGGCUUCACAUUAAAUGCCUUUCAGCAUUGAUGAUCGUGACUGCGCUUUGCUGAAAAUUAUCCUGUAAUACCUUACGCAUACCACGCGCAGGGCAUUGGAGGGGUGUUAUAGACAUUGUGCAUACCUGUUAAUAUUGACACAUUGGCAGAGAGGGAGAUUCCCUCGCACGCCCUACGUCCUCCACCCCGACACACAGACACACACACACACACACACACACGAAAAAAAGCUUUACCGGCCACAGGCUUCCCGCUUCGGAAAGCCACUUCGAGUUAAGAACUCACAACGCAACACAAAUCUCUUGAUUUGUAUCAAAGUGAAUGUUGUGUUUUAACUAAAAUAAAGAGAAUUGUAAGACAAAAGUAUUAUGGAUACGCAGGCACGUGGCCAGAAAGUUCGGGAGAAGUUUUGCUUUCUCAGCUGGGUGAGGUGGUGUUCAUUUAAACGUUAACCGAGGAAGUCUACUUGUACAUGUAAAUAUCAUUGAUACAAACAAUGCACGCGAAUGGAAUCUCGGUUCCUUUCCUUCGUCCCAUUACAAC